AUAGACUUCCUAUUUUACAAGCAAUUACACAGACUUUCCUAGAAAGGGCGUGGUUUGCUUCUUUCAAAGUGGAAUAUGAGGUGCAUAGAAGACAUGUAGCACUUAUUUUGAAGACUUAUUUGCCAAGAAGAUCCUGUGGUUGGUAUAUAUCUUCUGUCUCCAGUUCUAGGGAGGUGUGAUUUUGCAGGUUUCUGCACCAGCAGAUUCUGAUGCUAUGGGAGAAGGCUAGACAGGGAGAGUUGCCCGUCAGGUUGAAGCAUCUGCCUCACAGACAGCUCUGGAUCCAGCUCACACAAUAAGAAGAUAUGGAUUUUGUCCUAAAAGAAAUACUUGGUAGAAGUUCUUUCUGAAUGUCACUCCAACAGGAAACCUAAAGAAGUUUCCUAAUUCAGUUUUACUUCUCUUUAUGUGAAAUGAAAACAAGAAGCUCCACAAUAAGCAAAGCAAGACUGUAGCCAGUGGGAAAUGAAAACAAUUGUCUCCUGAAUUAGGAUCAAACUUGUGUGCAAAGGACAGUAUAAUCAUGAAAGACUUUUUCAUCCUUCUGCUGAAUCUAUAUUUAGUCUUCAAUGUCCAAGCCAUUCGAGAGAGUGUCCCUAUGGAGAGCUUGAAGUGCUACAAUGACUACACCUCACAGGUGACCUGCACGUGGACAGAGCAUUUGGAGGCUCAUGCCCUCGUUGGCAUGGUUCUUUACCAAAGGGAUAAUAUUAUGAUGGAGAACAAGGAGAUGUUUUGCAAACGCCAGACAGAAAAUGACUUACAUGAGCCUUCAGGCUCCUAUGUGCACUGGAUUUGUCACAACACUACAAACUUUUUCGGAAUAGGGGUAGAUCAAACUUACAGCUUCAAACCUAACAAGAUGCUUCAAGCAGAACUAAAUGUUGAUCUUUUCCAAAAUGUUCAGCCCCUCCCACCGCAAAACCUCUCAGUCAGCUUGAUGAGAUCAAGAGACUUCUUGCUGACCUGGAAAGCGGCUGAUGGAAGCCAAGGUCUGGGCAAUGCACUGGAGUAUGAAGUCACUUACAAGCGGCAAUGGGAGUCCUGGGAGAAAGCUGCCUCGGUCUUGCUCUCCAACACCACACGCUGCCAUCUCCGCCAUGAGGACCUUGUCCCAGGGAGCAGCUACAUUGCCCGUGUGCGAGCCAAACCGUGGUUGGACAGUGGCUUCUCUGGCCAAUACAGCGACUGGAGCACGGAAGUGUUGUGGGAGACCCCUGGAGGCGGCCUUCAGCCCAGGAACCUUCGCUGCCUCUUCAACGGUGCAGAUCGUCUGAUGUGCAGCUGGGAAGUGAAGAAAGCGAUCACCACCUCUGUCCUCUUUGGCUUGUUCUUCAGGGCCACCCCAGCAUCAGCAGAAGAGGAGUGCUCUCCUGUGCAUGAGAAGGCUUUGCCCCACACCCCACAUGUGGUCCAGAGCUGUGAGAUCCCUGUUACCAACUCCAGCAGUCAGAGCCACUACCAUGUGUCCGUCCGGGCCAAGACAGAAGAGAAAGUGAUUGAAGCCUACAAGAACAUUAAGGUGCUGCCACCUGCAAAUGUGUCAGUAACAGUGACAGAGAACCAAGAGUAUGAACUGAGAUGGAUAAAACAUAAUUUGCCGUAUAGCUUCAUAAAACAGAGAUACCAAGUUGAGUACUGGAAAAGCAACCAAUAUGAAAAUACCCAGAAGUUAAAUAUCAGCAGUGAUGAACCUCCUUUCAUCUUCACCCUGCAGAUGCUUGAUCCAUCUACAGAAUAUAAGGGAAAAAUGCGUGCAAGGGUGAAUACACCUCUGGAUUAUGAGGGGCCUUGGAGUGAAUGGAGUGAGGAGUUCACCUGGAAGACCGAGAAUGUUCUGCCAUCAGUGGUUCUCCCAGUGGUGUUCCCAGCUGUCAUCAUCACUUUGCUAAUAGUUUCUUAUUGCAGCUACAAGUAUUUCCUCAGGAAGAAGAAAAUGUGGGAGGAAAAGAUUCCAAACCCCAGCAAGAGUCUCCUGAUCCAGAGCUACCUGGGGAAAGUACAUUUAGGAAACCGGCCAACAAGCAGCCAACUGGACAUCAACAAAUACAGCCUUUCAGACAAGAUGGAGCAGGCUAGCAUCCUUCAAGUCAUGGAUAGGCAGAUGAAGACUUCAUCAAAGUCCCCUGAAGGGCAGAUUAUAAAGACAGAUGUUUUGCCUGUUGCACUGGACCAACAGAAUUCAUACCAUGCUUUAAAUGAGCCAGAGCACACUCCAGUUGCCUGCUCAAGUCAAAUUGCUGCUCAUUCCGUUCGUGUUUCAAGAAGAAGCAGUGCUGAUGCAAGUAUUGCUUCUCAGGCAGCGAUCCCUUGCUUUGCUUUCAAUGGUCCAUACUUGUACAGCUCAAUGAUGUCCUCCCAGCCUGAUGUGCGUCAUACUCUGGCAGUGGACCCAGUAGGGAUCCAUGGGAAAUCAGUUUCCCUCCAGUAUAUGGCUCUCCCAAAGGAAGACAGUCCUCAGGCUCCACAGAGGCAAGAACAUCCAGGAGCAGGUCCUCCACAGCCCUUCCUGCUCCCGAAUGAGAAACACAUCAUGCAGCACCUCAAUAAUGAGAAAGAAGUCUCACCAGCUCCACCAGCCUAUGGGAAAGGCGUGAACGUGAGAACCGAAGAGCAGAAAUCUCCAGCAGUUCUUAGCUGCCCCUUGGAGUACAUCACCACAGAGAGCUUGUUACGGCCCUCAGCCAGUGACUCCAGCCUUCCGCCACUUGUCACUGCUGGGGAGCUACCUCAUGACACACAGGUGCCCCAGCCUCCCAAUGACCACUCUUGCCAUGAGUUUUUUCCUGGGAAAACUGAUGUCAUGGUCCCAGUUUCAGGUCAAGCACCGACCUCUUCUCCCGAAUUGCACCUGAAUACAUUUGGAGACUAUCUUACCGUCCCUUUAAGUCUCCAUGGACAUUCAGAACCCACAAAGACUUCUUUGCCUGUCUUAGAGAAGGGAAGUGAUCUUCCUAGAAAGCAGCCUUUGUCAGAAGGUAACUUGGUGGUAUUAAACCCUGACAGCCCUGAGCCAGUUUUCCUCUGCCAGGUUGGUGACUAUUGCUUCCACAGCCUAAAAUCGGGUGUGAAGAUCGAUGUUAGUCAGGAAGAGCACGAGGUAAAGAAACCUUCUGAAGGCAAGAUGAUACCUGUGAAACCUGUAUCAGAUAAUGAAUCCAUCAAUGGCAAGGAAAAGGAGAUAUCAAAAAUGCAGGCUAUUCAGCUUUUCAAAAACCUGAAAUCAGAUGAUUACUUUUCCUGGCACCAAUCUUUGAGGAUCAGAGAAAUCUGUUAAAUGGGAAAAUACCAAUGAAUAGCAAAGCUACAGAUAACUGAAAGAGAUUUCAACUGUCUGAUGAAAAUGAACCCUCAAAUCUAGGAAUAAAUAAACUUUUUGGCUUAUCUAUGAUGAACAGUUUAACCGCCUCAUGAUCUUGUGACACAUCACAGUCAUCUUGCAAUAUUACCAGAUUGCCUGAGGCAAAACUUGUGGCAGUCGAUGUGGACUUAUCUGCGUGACAUGCUGUCAGAAGGCAGAUUUGGAAACCUUGGAAAGAAAACUUACAUUCUUAAGAGCAAUUUUGUUGAAUUUAUACGUGUAAAAUAGAUCCAAGAGUCACCAAGGAGCUUUCGUAUCUCUACCUUUCCACUACUGGCAUGAAAUAGGUAUAAUCUAAGGUGAAAAAAAACCCAGACAGUAAUAGAAGUGUAAAUAAAAAAUAAGGAAAAACUGUUGAAGUCCAGGAAACCUUUCUUAAUCAUAGAAUCAUAGAAUUAUAGAAUCUUAGAAUUGUAGAAUCAUAGAAUCGGUUGGGUUGGAAGGGACCUUAAAGAUCAUCUAGUUCCAAUGCCUCUGCAAUGGGAACCUUAAUGUUAAGGUACAGUGUAUCACAGUGUAUUCUAAGGGUAAGAAGGAAGCAUUAUCAGGAUACAUAAACUAGGCUGUAGAGAACCAUGGAGAAGAUACAUUACUGAAAGAAAACACAAGAACUCAUAAGGUGUGGUGAGAGGAAAGGAGUGAGACAAGUAACAGAAAAUGACAGGCA